AUGCGUCAGUCUGUUCCGACGCUGGCUCUGGCACUCGCCGGUACUGCGCUCGCGGUCCCGGCGAAGGAGGACGGCGACCACCUGUACUCGUCGCGCCUCGCCAAGCGCGGCAUCGACGCCGCCGGGCACUUCAACAUCUCCUUCUUCCACGUCAACGACGUGCACGCCCAUCUCGACGAGUACUCUUCCUCGGGCACCGACUGCACGCGCCCCGAGCGCGGCUGCUACGGCGGCUACGCCCGCAUCAAGCACACAGUCGACGAGCUGCGUCCGCAGUACAACGACUCGCUCUGGCUCAACGCCGGCGACGAGUUCCAGGGGACCCUUUUUUACAGCUUCUACAAGGGCGAGAAGAUCGCCGAGACCAUCAACCAGCUCGGCUUCGACGCCAUGACGCUUGGCAACCACGAGUUCGACGGCGGCGACGACCAGCUCGGUGACUUUCUGCUGAACCUCACCUUCCCCAUCGUCGCCGCCAACAUCGAGUCCGACAACGAGAAGCUCAACAAGACCAUCAAGCCCUACCACAUCUUUGAUAAGCAGCAGCUCGCCGUCAUUGGUGUCACCACCCCAACCACGCCGGGCAUCUCGUCCCCCGGCAAGGGCACAAAGUUCCACGACGUCGUGACCACGGUGCAGUCCACCAUUGACCACAUCAAGUCCACCACCAACAUCACCCGCAUCGCCGCCCUCACGCACAUCGGCUACGAGGAGGACCAGAAACUCGCCGAGGAGACGUCCGGCCUCUACCUCAUCAUGGGCGGCCACUCCCACACCCUCCUCGGCGACAUGGAGGACGCCGAGGGCCCCUACCCAACCAUCACGAAGAACAAGGACGGCGACGACGUCUUCAUCGUCACGGCCUACCGCUGGGGCGAGUACGUCGGCUACAUCGACGUCACCUACGACACCGAGGGCAAGGUCCUCGCCUACCACGGCGGGCCCAUCCACCUCACCAACACCACCGAGCAGGACCCGGACCUGCAGGCGCAAAUCGAGGCAUGGCGCGGGCCUUUCGAAGCCUUUGCCGCCGAGGUCGUCGGCGUCAGCAACGUAGAGCUCGACCAGACCCUCUGCCAGCGCCAGGAGUGCCUCCUCGGCAACGUCAUGACGGACGCCAUGUACGAGUACCGCCUGAACAACUCGGACUCGACGCCGCCCGACUUCGCCCUCAUCAACGCCGGCGGCAUCCGCGCCACGAUCGACAAGGGCGACAUCACCCGCGGCGAGGUCCUCACCUCGUUCCCCUUCGGCAACUCCAUCGUCGAGAUCACCUACAAGGGCGCCGACAUCCGCAAGGUGCUCGAGGGCGCCGUCAGCAGGGUCAACCAGUUCAACAACCUGCCCAUCACCUCCGGGUUCCAGGUCUCCAGGAACAUCGUCGUCGAGUACAACCCGGCCGGCAACAACGGCUCCAGGCUGGUGUCCGUCACGAUUGCCGGCGAGGCCCUGGACGACGAGAAGGACUACCGCGUCGUCACCCUCGACUUCCUGGCCGGCGGCGGCGACAACAUCUUCGUCGCCACCACCGACUUUGUCUCACUGGACACCCAGGACGAGGUCCUCGUCCAGUACGUCCAGGCCAAGAGCCCCAUCGACGCCGAGAUCGAGGGCCGCAUUGUCCAGAGCAACGGUACUACUAGCAGCCCCUCCGGUACCGCUACCGGAUCUGCCGCCGUGCCGUCUUCCACAUCUGGAGAGAGCGGUGCCAGCAUGGUCUCCGUGAGCUUGGGCGCCAUCGCCCUGAGCCUGUUCGCCAUCUUGGCGAUAUAG